AAUGUGCACUACUCCCCUCUCUUUUUCACUAGGUGGCAGUAUUUCAUAGAGUGCAAACUUUGACACGUGGUUCUGUUGUAACACGAUGUCAGAGGUAACCAUAGAGACAGCAAGACACUAGCUGGCUAACUUGAGGCUAACAAGUAGCAAACUCGCUAGCUAAAUGGCUGAAGACUUCUGCACUCUAGUGUUAAAUGUAACGAUUAAUGUAGGCUAUGUAAUUUCGUGUUUGUCAGAGCUAUCAGAAAGAGUUGGGUUAUGUUAAGGGUUUCUGUAUGUUCACUAUAUGAAAACGUUAGAUUUCAUCCGUGUUGAUCCAAGCUUUUCCAGCAUAUAUGGGGAAAAUGGUGGAGGAAGUAUCUGCAUCACUCGUCAGAGAAUAUCUCAGUCGAAAAGGACUGAAAAAGACUAUUGCUUGCUUGGACGAUGAAUUCCCUCGGUCAAGUUCCAGCAUAAAUAGUAGGGAAGAUCUACGCCGACUUCUUCAUCUUGAUAAUCUUUACAAGAAGAAUAAGGUACAGGAGUUUCCAUUUAAAACACUGUUGGAACUCGUUGUAUGGCACCAAACUGACGAGGGCGGAAGCUCAAAGAGAAAGCAGAAUAGUAGUGACACUCAGGCACCUAGAGGUGAGAGGAACCUGACAGAUCCUACUAGCUCCCCUGUAAUCGUUGCAAGUGGAACAGAUGACAACACUGCAGGCUUUGUUCAGCGUAAAUCAAACGUGUCAAGGUCGCCCAAAAGUGAAACUAUCAGUUCACCUCCCAGAGUGCUGACAUCUUACUCCAAGGGGGUAAAACCUCCAAUCAGCCCUAACUCCAAUCUGACUGAGGGUACAUCAGACAGGCUAUCUUUGCCCAGCAGCCAAGAGACUUCUAGCUCACCAGUUGGGAUGGACCAGUCCACAGAAAAGAGGAGAUUUGUCCGUGAGAGCCACAGAAGCAGGAACACUCGGGUUCAGAGGGGCAUGAUGGCAGGGCCGGUGGCCAACUCUUCCCUGGAAGGCAGUAAAAAACGUGUGACACGCAAGUCGGCAGGCUCCUCCCCGCUCCUCUCAGCGAAGGAUGGAGAAAUUAAAGACGAUAAAGACUGGUUAAACAGCUCGACUCGCAGCACCAUGUCUCACAGCACAUUUCCAGAGAAGGGUACACCGAAUCCCCCUGCCUACUGGGAGGGGGUUGAGGACCUGCCCUCUGAGGGCCAUCCGCCAGGCAGGGAAUGUGGUGGCUUUGAGAAAGUCCACAGCCUCAGGCCUCAACCUCACAUACUGGAUAUGAGUCCAACUGCUGCUGAUAUGUUUAAAUAUGUCCAUAUGUCAACAAUGACGCUUGAUGAUAUUGAUGAUGAGGAGGAGGAGCUAUGCGGUCUCGCCAGACCGCCCCUCAAUCACUGUCUGCCUCAACACACUUUUGACUCGCACCCAAUAGAUCUUCCCACUGCCACUGCCUUGAAAGAGAUCCUCCUUGGUUCCCCAGUCAGUUGCUUUGGUGAAGAAUGGAAAUGUCAAAGUUUCAGCUUUUCGGAUAAACCCGCCUUAAGAUAUGGGAUUAUACAGAGAAAGGGUGGUCCUUGUGGAGUGCUGGCUUCUGUACAAGCUUGCAUUCUGCAGAAACUUCUGUUUGAAGACACGGAAUGUGAUUCUGCUUUUCAGCAAAUGCAGCCGUCACAGUCAAAAAGGACCCGGUGCCUUGCUUUGGCUAUCGCCGACAUCCUCUGGAGGGCUGGAGACAAAAGGAAAGCCGUUGUGGCGAUAAACUCUGGAAGACGUCAUUUCACUCCCGUGGGAAAGUACAAAUCAGAUGGGGUUCUAGAGAUGAUUACCUGCAGCACGGUUAACAGUUUGGAAGAGCUCAGCUUGUUUUUGGAGCAGCAUGUAUCACAGUUUGAGUUGGGUCCCUUUGGGUGUAUUCUCCUCACCAUCUCUGCUAUCCUCUCCAGAUCGAUUGAGGGCUUGCGCAGUGACAUGGAUGUGCCCACGACCACUCUCAUAGGAGCCCAUGGCUACUGCACACAGGAGCUGGUCAAUCUCCUGCUGUUUGGCCGAGCCGUUUCGAACGUCUUCAACGAUGAGAUGAGGCUGGAGUCAGGGAAUGGCAUCUUCACCUUGCUGAAAGGAGUCUCCUGCCGCAGUGACAUCGGAUUGCUCUCCUUGUUUGAACAUUACAAUAUCUGUAAGGUCGGGGAGUACCUGAAGCGUCCCAGACAUCCGAUCUGGGUUGUGUGCAGUGAGAGCCAUUUCAGCGUGCUCUUCUCCUUGAACAAGAGCCUGACCUCUGACCUGUUAGAGGAGACAACCUUUGACCUGUACUACUAUGAUGGCCUGGCCAACCAGCAAGAGCAAAUACGCUUGACUGUCUGCAUGUCAAAGAUGGCUAUUGGCGGAGACUGCGAGGACGGUGAUCUCAUUCCUCCUCUGGAGCACUGCAUACGGACGAGAUGGAGGAAUGCAGUGGUCGACUGGAAUGAUACAGAGCCUAUACUUUGAUCGGACAUUUAAACACAAUAAGACAGACAAUUUAUGAUGGUUCAUUCCCCACCUCAGGCUGCUUCUUCACAUAUCGUAUAGUUUGCAGUAUUUACUGCACAUAUGUACCUGACUAAGUACAGGUGUGAUGAACUCCUAACUGACACUUCUUCUGAGAGCUACUUUAAAAAAAAAAAAAAAAAACAUCUUUUGGUGGCUAAACAUCUGAUGAAAGUAUUCUUGUCCAUAGUAGACUGAGACACAGGACACGCAUGCAGAGACAUUUAUAAAGUCAUCCUGCUCCUCUCCCUUGUCCUUUUCUAACAUGAUUACACCAGACCACCUUAGGACAUUAACAUUUCUGAAGUUCAGGAAACGCAAGCCUUUUAUGUGCCUAUAGCUAAAUGUAUAUGACCUGUACUGUAAUUUCUUUUCUAAAACAAUUCUGUAUUGUCUUGUAAUUUGUUUUGAGUGUAUAAUAGAUUUUACCAUUGCCUCAUGACAUUGUUAACAUGCAGUAAUGUUUCUCCUUGAUGUGCCUAUGCAUGUGUGACAUGUUUACCAUGUAUGACGUCAUUUAUUAGGGUCCCUAAAGCCUUUCAGAGUAUUUUUUUUUUCAAAGCAGUCAAAGUAUAUAAGGCCUGUUGUGUUUGCAGGGUUCUGUGCAAUAUCUCCACAGGGUUGCUGGGUGGCACAUUCAUCACCUUCAGGGAUGGAUGAGGCCAAUCCUUUUAUUGAUCGUUGUUCUUUUCUGCUGUUAUUUAGGACGCAAUUGGGGUGUUUCCCUAUGAGAAGGUCAAAAGAGCAUGUUUCUCUCGGUGUGCACAGACUUGGAACCCCGAGUGUAGCCACGGGUGUGCCCGGGUAUGCAUGUGCCACCUAAAUCUAAAGCUGGCACUCCCAGCCAAGGGUGCUACGGGCCCAAGCUGGAAGAGGGCCCCCAAGGACAGCUGAGACUACAAUUGUAUGUCUAGAAACCUACGGCGUCCUUAAAAACAUUAGCUUGCUAGGAGGCUACAGCGACACCAUGAAACGCAACUGCAAACGCCAUCUGUCGUUAAAACGAGAGUGCAGGCAGUAGGAAAGGAAGAAGAAAAACAAAACAGUGGUGAGAAUCUGUUACGUUCAGUGAAGUACUGGUUUCAUUUGUCCCUGCAUAUAGAUGGGUUGUGAAUUUAAACUACUAACUAGUAGUAAUAAUGCAUGUAUGCUAUUUAGCUUGCUGGGUGUUUUGUAAGAAGUUUGCCUUGACGUUCUGGCUGCUAAACCUAUUUCCAACGCGGUCAUCUGUUUCUAAUGUGUACCUGUUUUGAAUGUGUAAACGGCAGUUAUUGUAUGUAAUAGGGCUGUUCUGGUCUUACAGUGUUUUGCAUUUAUGCAUAACCUAGGAUGUAGCCAAGGACUGUGCUGGCAUUGUUCUCUUCAAACCAAUAAGAAUAAAAUCUGUUUUCAAAGCAAGCAGACCAAA